AUGAAUAGUUCACGUAGUGUAGAUGCUAUUACAGAGAUAAACAUCAUUUUUCAGAAUUUAACCAUGUUCAGAAUAAAUAAAUCGAUGAAUUUCACAUGUGAUGCACUGUUCAUUUGUCUUGUUUUACUGGUAACCAGUACAUUAAGUAUGCGUACAAACAAUGACCUAAUGGAUUUUCCGGAAUAUUCACCAGAAUAUGAACUGCAUAUUUACGACCAUAUAGAAUACCAUUUUAUCAAGAUAAUAUUGAGAAAAAAAAUCGUAAAAUUGAUCAAUCAUUUUAUUCUUAUUAUGGUUAAAUAG